UUGAGUGGAACCGCCGUAGGGUUUUCGGUCCGGGAGCGCCCGCCUCUGGUUUGCGCAGCCGUCGUUCGCCAGUGAAUCUUGGUGGGGGGAGGGAUUCGUCAUUGGGCCGCUGGGCCUGGCGCCCCUCGCUUUGACGUGAGCGACCGCAGGCGCAGCCGCUGCCGCAGGUGGUCGUCUCUUGGUGAGGUAACGGUCGCCUUUCAGAUAUUACUUCAGAGAACAGUCACAUUCUCUUCAGAUUUGUUUCAGAAAAAAGUCCUGAGGCUUUUUUCACUUCCUGUGGGAAAUGGAAUCAAUCACUAUGGACCCAAGGAUAUUGUCUCUAGCUGCUGAGGUUACAGAAAGCCCUGAACAGAAUGUUCCUGUUAUACUGUUGAAAUUAAAAGAAAUUUUAAACAGUGCCCCUUUGGGAAGCUCAGAGUUAAAGAAGAUUAAGCAGAACAUAUAUUGCUAUGACCUCAUUCAGUAUUGCCUAUUGGUCCUUAGAAAAGAUGGAAGCAAAAUCCAAGGUGGUUGGAUGACUAUUUCCCAACUUGCACAUAUAUUAAGCCAAUGCUGUGUGGGCUUGGAGCCAACAGAAGAUGCAGAAGAAUUUUACGAUAAAUUACUUCCUUCAGCUGCAGAAAAUUUCCUGAUUUUAGGGAGGCGAUUGCAAAAAUGUUACAUCAAUGCAGUUGAGGAUGAAGAAAAAGAUGAAUUCUUGUGGCAUUUCCAGAGUGUGAUAGACUCUCUGUGCUGGCUACUAGGAGGGCAUGUUCAGCUCACUAAAUAUGUACUACAAAGUGAUCAUUUUUUACAUUUGUUGCUAACUGAUGAUGUUGAAACAGGAUCUGCAAUCAUGACUGUACUACAGAACAUCUUACAAGUCAAAAGUGGAUACUUACUUGCAAUAAAAGAAAAAGCUCUUCAUUCAAUUUUAGAUGAACUCAUUUUUAAGCUUUCAUCUUCAACUAGUCUUGUCAUUGGAAGUGUUGCCAUAAAACUGUUGCUGUUGAUGGCAAGAUCACAUCCAGAAAUUAUGAUGCUGCUAAGAAGCCGCUAUACAGGUCUUAAAAGUAUGCUGAAUAAGCAGUGGUCUGGGAAAGAAAUUGACCAGGAACUUAAACAGCUUCUCAAUCUGUUAAAUUCUGAAGUCUACCAGGAAGAAGAUCAGAAAUUUUAUCAAGCAGCUUGCAAGAUCCAGGCUGCAUGGAAGGGUUUCCAGACUAGAAAGAGAAUGAAGAAACUUCCAUACGCAGUGACUACUUUGCAGAGGAAUUUCAGAAAUAAACGAGAAAAACAGCUGCUGAAACUAAAGAAGCAGAAGGAAGAAGAGGACCUCAGAUUACAAUUGCAACUUCAAAGACAAAGAGCCAUGAGAAUAUCCCGGGAGAAUCGGCUAAAUUUACUACAAAUAGUCCAUCCAGGUCAGGUGGGAAAACACAUCCAAGAAAUGGAGGAAAAAUCAGCACUGAUUAUCCAGAAACACUGGAGGGGAUACAGAGAGAGGAAAAACUUUUGUCAACAAAAGCAGUCUCUAAAAGAGUAUAAGGCAGCUCUCAUCCUUCAGAGAGCGGCUCUUAACUUCUUAAGAAAAUGCCACAAGAAAAAGAAAAUGUCUUAUUCUUGGCGAGGACUCCCGGAACUUACUGAUGCACGUAGAAUGGAACUGAAGCAACAAGUGGACAAUUACAUCAAACGGCACUCAGGCUCUGAAAUGUCAGAUGUGGCCAGCAGGGAACUCCACACCCAGGCUCAAGAGCGGCUGGGGCACUACUUCCUAGGGAGGGCUAUAGAAGAGCGUGCCCAGCAGCGAAGGGAGGCUUUGCAAGCUCAGAUCCGCACCAACAUUGAGCAGCUAAUGAGUGCGCCAAAUCUGAAGGAGACUGCAGGACAGGAGCCUGAACUCUUCAUAAGCAGGUCUCGGCCUGUGGCCACCAGAGCCAAGCAAGCCCAUCUUGCCACACUAACAGAGAAACAAGCACCUUGGUGGAAGAAACUUGGGGAUGAGUUUGGAGAUGAAGAAGUUAUCCCAAAAGAAGCUCUAAAUAUAGAUUUGGGAACCUUAUUUAUUGGUGGAAGCAAAUCUCCUUAGGAACCUAGCCUGGGCACCAGUCCUAGAGGUGUCCCAUUAUAAGAACAGUAUUCUAAUUAGGACUAUCACUCAUCACUACUGGAAACGCCAAGAGGUUUGGGUAAUCCAUGGGUCUCCAUGACCUCAAUUCCCUGCUCCCCCUCCAAUAAGGCGGUUUCUGUAUUUUAAGGGGAUAGUUAAUUUCUACCUCUAGACCCCUUCCUUCCUCUCCCUUUUCAUUCAAAUAUCCACUAGCUGUUUGCUAAAAGUUCUGAGAUACAAAAAUAAAUAAGAUGUGAUUACUGCCCUCAAAAAACUUAAAAUCCUGAAACAAAUGUCAGUAAGGUCUGUGCUCAAAAAUGGGAGCAUUCAUUUUUUCUAAAAAUUUUAUCUAAACGAAUUCUCUGAUGUCUUCUAGGACAUACACUGCAACUUACUUUAAAACUUCUUCCCUUCAAAAGUCUUUUAAGUCAGGAAUGACUGACCUUGAUCUUUCUGUGCCUCAAAUCAUCACAGUUUAUAUUAGAGCUAAAGUAAAGAAUUACAGUCUUUACCAAGCAGAGUUAAAAAUACACUUGUAGCUAUCACAGAAGGAAACCAUGGAAUCCAGGUAAAGCGCCUAUAGGCUUUUAGGAUUCUGACUCCCAAAAUAUAGGGUGGGUUAAAAGCUGUUAAUUAUUGAAAGGAGGUCAGGUUAAUUGAUGAUCUGUAACAGGUAAGGAUCAAAAAGAAAGAUUCUGAAUUAUAUCCUGGUGUUUGUUUUCUGUAAAACCCUACUCUUAUGGGUUUUUUCAUCCUUUAAUGU